GCACACUCGAGGCGGUUAACCAACUUCUAGUCACCUGCCCGAGCCACGACCCGCCCCAAGGCCUCGUCUCCGUGGGUAGGACGUGCAGAGCUGUUAACCCUUCCAUCGCCGCUACAGAAUCUGCCCUCAGGGUCCCAGCUCAGAAUUAAUCUUUUGAUGACAUCAUCACCUUGGGAUCUCUGUGGAUGUGUUCUCCCCAAUGAAGACCUUUGAGCCGCCUGAGCAACCAACCAACUCCUGAGCCCAGAGUUUAUGAUACAGGGCAUGGGGCCAAGGAAGGUCUUCCAUCUUGCCUGCAUUGUUUCCAUUUCCCUGCGAUUCUGGGUCUGUCUUCCAGGGCUGCUCUCUUUCUGCCCCAAAUUGACAAGGACUGAGCUUGAUCUGAUUCCAGAAUCUUCCAGCGGGGAGAACGAUGUCAGAUGAGGAUGAUCUGGAUGACUUUGAGCCAGAGUCAGAGCCAGACCAGGAAGAUCUGGAAAAAGAAGAAGAUGAGAAGGAGACAGAGGAGUGGGAGGACUACAAGAAGGAGGGGGAAGAGUUCUCCGAGGAAUGGAUGCCGGUCCCCCUCACUGAGAACAUGAUGAAGGAAGGGCUUUCUUUGCUGUGUAAGACUGGCAGUGGACUGGCUCAUGCUUAUGUUAAGCUUGAGCUUAAAGACAGGGACCUGACAGAUAUUAACUUGCUGCACUCCUACAUCCAUCUGCGCUAUGUGGAUAUUUCUGAGAACCACCUGACUGACCUGUCUCCACUCAAUUUCCUCACUCACCUGCUGUGGCUUAAGGCUGAUAGCAAUCGGCUUCGGACUGCCCGACUGAAUGAACUACCCUACCUGCAAAUUGCUAGUUUUGCCUACAACCAGAUCACUGAUACUGAGGGCAUCUCUCAUCCUCGUCUAAGAAGUCUAGAUCUCAAAGGGAACCACAUCCACAUGGUGACCGGUCUUGACCCCCAAAAGCUGAACAGUCUGCACACCCUGGAGCUUCGGGGAAACCAGCUAGAAUCCACUCUGGGAAUCAACCUUCCUAAGCUGAAGAACCUUUUCCUGGUUGCUGAGGCUGGCCUCAAAUUUGUGAUCUUCCUGCCUCAGCCUUCUGAGUUGCUGGGAUUACAGGCCCAGAACUUGCUGAAGAAGGUUGAAGGCUUGGAGAACCUAAGCAAUCUCACUACCUUGCAUCUCCGAGACAAUCAAAUUGAAACUCUGAAUGGGUUCUCCAUGGAAAUGAAAUCACUGCAGUACCUCAACCUGAGGGGCAACAUGGUGAAUGACCUGGGAGAGCUGGCAAAGCUUCGGGACCUGCCCAAGCUUCGAGCCCUGGUGUUGCUGGAGAACCCAAUUACAGAUGAGACUGAUUACCGUCAGGAGGCCCUGGUACAGAUGGCACACCUGGAGCGUCUGGACAAGGAUUUCUAUGAGGAGGAAGAGCGGAUUGAGGCUGAUGAGAUUCGUCAGAGGAUCAAGGAGGAACAGGAGCAGGAAGCUGAGCCUGAGCAUGACUUGGAACUGGACCAGCCAUUGGUCUAGCAGUGGUUCUUCUACCCUCCAAGGAUAGAGACCAAUGACCUCCGCCCCAAGACCUGAUAACACUCCAGUCCCAGGCCACUACAUUCAUACUACUGUCAUGGAAGACAGGAUGCUUCCUUUUGCUCCAGAACUGGGAAUUCAUCACAGCCUGAAAUCCAGGCUCAGUGAUGGUCACCUGGGCACUGUUGCAGUGUGAGGUGUUCUAGUGGGCCUGAACUCCCUUUGGAGCCUAGGCAGGGGUCAGCCCUCACGCAGGUCUGGGUAAGCAGCAGGGGAUGCUUAUGCUUGGAGGGUUGGCUGGAGAAAAGUGCUGCGGAGGCAGGCAGGGGUGUUAGGGACACUAACGUUGGUUUUCAAAUAAAUAGACAUUUUGAUA